CUCUUUGUUUAAAGGAUUAAAGUUUAAAUACCCUGGCCUCACGUGUAAGCAGAAAAGUGUGAAUUAAAGAAAAGAAGAUGCCGAAAUCAAGACGUGACAAACGAAUUUCACUUACAAGAACAAAGAAGAAAGGCCUUGAAACCAAGCAGAGUCUGAUUGAGGAGGUUCGAGACAGUGUGGACAAGUAUGCCCGGAUUGUCGUGUUCUCGGUGGAGAACAUGAGGAACAGCAAGAUUAAAGAUGUAAGGAAUAACUGGAAGCAUAGCAGAUUCUUCUUUGGAAAGAACAAGGUGAUGAUGGUGGCACUUGGAAAGACACCCGAAGAAGAAUACAGAGACAACCUCCACCGGGUCAGCAAACUAUUGAUAGGCAACGUGGGACUACUCUUCACAAACCAAACCAAAGAAGAGGUUGUUGAAUACUUUGAGGAGUUUGUCGAAGCAGACUAUGCAAGGUCAGGAAACAUUGCGACGGAAUCGGUGACGUUAUUCGAGGGCCCCUUAGAAGACUUUCAGCACUCUAUGGAACCACAGCUCAGGCAAUUACGUCUUCCAACAGUUCUCAAGAAAGGUGUCAUACAUCUUACCAGUGACCAUACUGUAUGUAAUAUAGGUGACACUUUGACCCCAGAACAAGCAAGAAUACUGAAAUUGUUUGCCAAGCCCAUCGCAGAGUUCAAACUCAAUCUGGCUGCCUGUUGGUCCAACGAUGGAACAUUCGAGGAGUUCAGGUUACCCAAUUCCAAAUCAAGGAGCGAUGGGGAUGACGAUGAUGAUGAGGAUGAAGACUAAGAAAUGGACAAGAUUAUAAAUAAGACUUUACAGAAAGACUGAAGUCAAUGUGUGGUUCAUAUUUUGGAGGAAAUGUCACCAUUGUCUGAUAUUUUAGUGAAAAAAGGGAUACAUGAUGCGAGAUAUAUGUUUCAGUGAAGGUAGUGGAAAGCUUUUGGUCUGUUGAUCCUUGCAAGGGUAGGUUUCUCUUUUUGUCUCACCCACCAGAGGUGAAGGCGAGACUUAGGGAUCCAAAUGUCGUCUGUCCGUCACAAAUCUUAUGA